AUGCCAUCCUCACCGACAUCAUCCAACGUCUCCGCGCAACCCUUGAACUCUUCCGACCUCGAAUCCGACCUUCUCAACCACCUCGCCUCCACACACGCGCUCGACGACCUACACACAAACCUCCUCUCCACACUGCAACGACUCGGCUGGACCGAGAAGAUCAGGCGGCUAUCGACGGAACUCCUCCGCGCAAACCGGUGCGAGCGCUUUGACGACGUCGUCGAGGCAGUCGUUGCCUCGGCGCAGGGCCGCUCGCAUCCGUUCCUGGUAGAUUCGGACUCCGAAAAUAGCUCCGGCGCGCGCGCAAACCACACGCACAAUGCGAAUGGGGAUGUGGACGGGGUGGAAGGCAACGGCGGCUACUCGUUCGAGAAUGCGGAUGUGCGGAUUCCGAGCGUUGUUGUUGAACAGGGGUAUCGCGCGAUUAAGGACUUGUUGAGGGAGGUGGUUAUCCUUGAGGAUGAGGGGGAUGGGGCAGGGAGUAGUAGCGGCCCUACGAGCUCGAGUGGAAAUAUCGCCGUUGAGGUGGUGGGAGAAAGUGCGGCGAAACGGCAGGGCGACAAGCCGAUUAAUGGUGAUACAAGUCCGACCAAGAAGGGAGACAAGAAGGUCAAACAAGGAAAGCAGACGAAAUGA